AUGUAUAUUAAGGAAGUUCGCAUAAAAGGAUUCAAGACUUAUCGAGAUGAGACGGUAAUAACUUUCGAUCCAGGAUGUAAUUGUAUAGUAGGCUUAAAUGGUAGUGGCAAGUCAAAUAUACUAGCAGCAAUUCAAUUUCUAUUUUCUGAUACAAUUGGCAAUGUUCCAGCAGAAAGGAAAGCUUUGUUACAUGAAGGUGUAAGCUCAGCAGUAUCAGAAGCCUCAAUAGAGAUUCUUUUAGAUAAUACAAGUCGACGUUUAUCAAUGUAUGACGAGAAUAUAGUUAGUUUGAAGAGGGUAUUUAAUAGUACUUGUCAAAAAGAAGAAUGGAUAAUUGCUGGUAAACAUAUUUCAAAGAAAGACUUCGAGUCGGUUCUAGAGAGCUGUGGAAUAUCUAGAAGUAAUCCAUAUUUUAUAGUAAGGCAAGGAAAAGUGACAGAAUUAGCGACAAUGUCAGAUGCUGCUCGUUUGAGAUUAUUAAGGGAAAUAGCUGGUACUAGGACAUAUGAUGAAAGGCGAGAAGAGAGUAUGAGGUUACUACUUGAGACGGAGACAAGGAAAACGAGAGUUGAUAUUGUUUUUAGCGAUAUUCAAAAACGCAUAGAGACCCUUAAAGAAGAACAGAAAGAAUUUCGUGCAUAUGUCAAUCUAGACAAAAGAAAAAGGGCUCUGGAAUAUCUUUUAGUUGAGUCAGAAUGGGAGGAAGCUAGUAAAGCUGAACAGGAAUACUUUGAAAAAUUAGAAAAGACAGAAAAGAACCUGGGUGCAGUAGAUGAGGAGUACUUAAUGAUUGAAACAAAAAGGACUAAAGAAGAGGAACUGAGGAAAAUUUUGGAAGGAGAGAUAAACAUACUGAAAAUAGAGAAAAAACAUAUGCAAAAUAAGAUUGUUGAAGCUUCAGGAACUGUAAGAAAAUUGGAACUUGAGAUUAUAGAAUAUGAGAAGAAUUGUAAAUCUACAGUUCUGACACAGGAGAAAGAAAGCAAAAGAGUUAUUGAAGAAUUAGAAGCUGAAGUUGCUAGAAAGAGGAAGUCGCUUGAGUUGAUAAAAGAAUCAUAUAACAAUAUGAUAAGGGAAAAGGAAAUAUUGCAACAGCAAGAGUCCUUUUUAUUAUCAAAACAAUUGGAACAAAGCUAUAGUAAUAUAGAGGAAAGAAAUAAUGCUCUACAAAAUAAAUUAAACCAGCAUAAAAGGUCACAAAAACAACUGGAGGAGAAUUUAUUUACUAUUAGGAGUUCCUUGGAGGUUAAGAACAAGGAACUUGAAUCAUUGGAUAAAAAUCUUAAUAAAUGGCAAAAGCUAGAGAAGAAAUCUCGAGAAGAAUUGGAUUCAAUAGCUAUUGAACUACAUAAAGUAAAUGAAGAAAAGUAUUCAAUUAUAGAAGAAAAGCAUGGAGUGGAAAAAGUGUUAUUUAAUAUAAAUAAUAAGCUCAAACCUUUGUUAACCACGAUAAUAGAGAAGGAGAAGAGUAUAGAGAAACAUAUCAAGCCAUCUAUUAGAAAGGGAAUAUCAUUAAUUCAUGAGUAUUGCAAAGCUGAAAACUUUCUUUGGGGGUUUGGUAAUAGCUCAAGUAAUGAAGAUCUUCCUUUAAUAUGUGGAACUUUACUUGAGAACAUUAAUGUAGAUGAUAUCUAUGCUAUAGCAGUGGAGGCUGCAGCUGGUAGGAAUCUACACACUAUUAUAGUUAAAAAUCAAGAAGUAGCUGCAAAGGUCAUUGAAUAUUUAAAUUCAAAUAGAUUGAAGGAUGAGAGUGUCGAUUAUUCGUUAAUUUUAAGUCCAGUUGAAGAGAUAUCAAAGAUGAAUUUUGGAAAAAGUAGAAAAAAUUUAGAUGGGAUAGAUGGAGCUAUUAAAAUGAUUGAUGUUCUUUCUUUUGAUGAACGUUUGAGGAGUAUUAUAGAGCAGGUAUUUGGUAAAUUUGCAAUUGUAGAAAAUUUUGAAAUUGCAAAGAAGAUUGUUGAAACAUACAAUAUGAGUUGUGUUACUUUAGAUGGUGAUGAGUGGGAUAAUAAAGGGUGUAUUAGAGGUGGAUAUAGAUAUAAUCUUGAAUCUGAGAAUUUAUUUACUCAAUCAGAAGAAUUAAAGACUCUAUUAAGAGAAAGAGAUUCUUUAAUUAAAGAGAAGGAUCUAGCAGAGUCCAACUUUCGUAGUCUUGAAGAGAGCAUUAACAAUAUUGAAAGAAAGAAGGAGCAGAUCUUGUACUCUAAAGAACAGGUUUCAUCUGAUAUAUCUAAAGCGACUGAAAUGAUUCAUCUAACUGAAAGUAGAGUGCGCAAUAUUGAGUCAACUAUUAACAAGAUAUCUCAAGAAGAAGAAAAAUUGGUAGCAAAUUUAGACAUUAAUCAAGGAUAUAUUACUGAAAUAUGUAAGGAAAUGUCUAGCAAGACGCUAUCUAAGGGUCUAAAUUAUAAAGAAGAACUAAAAUUAAAGGAGUUAAUUAAUUCAUUAAGGGAAUUGAAUCAUGAAAAAUUUCCACCAAUUGAAGAGGAGGUUCAUAGACUAACUAAUUCAUUAGAAGAAUCAGAGAUCCGAUUGAAUUCUCUACUUCAGGAGUAUUAUCAACUUCAAGAAGAAACAAAUGAAAGGAACCAAAAUAGGUCAUUUUCAACUGAGAAUUUGAGUGAUAUAAAGUCAACUUUACGAGAAGAGAAAUCAAAGCUAAAGAGGUUGAAUGAAAGAAUAGAUGAAAUCUCUGAUAGAAUCAAGAAAGUUGAUGAUGAAAUAAAGUCUUGUGAAGAUAAGCAGGAAAAUUUCCGCAUAACCGAAUCAAAUUUGCUUGAUCAACAGAAGCAACUUCAAGGAGAGGUUGAACGUUUAAGAAGUAAGUAUGAACACUAUCGUCAUAUGAAGAGUAUUGCUACUCAAGAAAAAGUAUGUCUGGGAUGCCCUGAUAACUUAUCUUUUACUAUUAAUAAUUUGCCAUCUACUAAAGUUGCAAUUUUCGAGGAGCUAGAAAAAGUUAAAGAACAGUUAAAUACUGAAUUUCAUACAGUUAACAAAAAGGUUAUCAGUGAAUUGGAUCACUUUAUCCGUGAAUAUACGGAUUUAUCCGAGAGGCAUAAUGAAUUAAAUACAGCUAUGACAUCUAUACAAACUCUUGUGGAAACAUUAGAUAUUCAGAAAGAAAAAACCUUACUAAAGAUUUUUGAAGAGAUCAACUUUUAUUUUAAUCAAGUUUUUAAAGAAUUAAUUCCAAAUGGAGAUGCCAAACUAGUACUAAAAGUUUCUUCUCAAGAUAAACUGGAGAAUAGUAACCAAAGUAAUAUAAAUUUAUCAUCUGAUAGGCAAGCAAACCAAAAAAGGUCAAAAAAAAAUUUGUCAGAACUGAAGAAUAUUGAUAAUAGUAGUGAAUCUACUUUUAUUGGCAUUGGGAUGCGUGUAUCAUUCCAAGGAGUCCCUAAUUCAAGUCCAAGAAUUUCUAAUGGAUCUAAUUUAGCACAAAAUAAAACGUCUAGUUACUACUCUCUUAACCAGCUUAGUGGAGGACAAAAGACUUUGGUUGCCUUAGCUUUGUUAUUUGCAGUACAUAGGGCAGAUCCUGCUCCUUUAUAUUUACUAGAUGAGAUAGACGCUGCAUUGGAUGAUCAAUAUCGCUUGUCUGUAGCAACAUUGAUUCAGAAACAGGCUUUGUCAACUCAAUUUAUUAUUACUACCUUUAGGCCUCAGUUUAUAGAUAUUGCAGAUAAAUUUUUCCAAGUGUCUCAGGUUAAUAGAUCAAGUCUUGUUAAAGAAAUUAACAAGCAACAAGCUUUGGAACUACUACAGGAGCAACUUCAACAACAAAAAGUGUUGGAAAUUACUGAGGGAUAG